AUGACGUCUUUCGUUGGCCCACUGAUCCGGGCCAUAUGUCCGGCACGCCCUCGGGGUGCAUUCUUCUCGCUAACACAUUUACUGAUUCAGCCCGUUUCGCAGGUCGCCGCUGCUCCACAACGUCGUGCCGCGGGCCCAAAUGUUCGGUGGCGGCCGGCUAGCCACACAGUCCGCAUGGCCGCCACACCCGCGCCCUUCAACCUCAGCGGCGAUGCGGCGUCCGCGCCCUCGCUCUACGUGGAGGUGGAUCUGACGCCGGCCAACUGGGUCCUCGCCUUCUGCAUGGGCAUCAUCUCGGUGGUGACGGUGUUCGGCAACUUGAUCGUGUUGUUGUCCUAUUAUUUGGACAAGAACAUCCGGCAUCCGUCCAAUUAUUUCAUCUUCUCCUUGGCCAUCUCAGAUCUGGUAGGUCUUUUUUUCACGGGUUUCUUUGAUUUUUACGUUUAUUUUUGCCAAAAACUCCAGACAGUGACUGAGUUUUCGAUUUCAGCGUUUUGAAUUUUACCCGUUUUCUAUUUACUUUUUUGUUUUUUCCACGAACACUCCUGUCUCUCCAAAUUGGGUCCACUGUUUUUGUAGCCUGUCAAUCGUCGGUUGUUGCCAAGUGUAAUAUCCCGUUGAACCCGGGGGCACUUUUUGUAACAUUGUUUAUCCUCGCCGCCUUGCCAAUCUUCAACAACCUUCUCGGGCGCCUCAUUUAAAGCCCUGCGGGGUGGAGAACGUGGCCACUGGGUAUUGAGGCAAUUAGACGAUAAUUCCCAUCCGCGUGCAAAUCUCACCCAGAAAACAGGAGCAGGGGAGAGAUGUCAUCGGAUUGAUGGAUGCCUGCGGGCCUUCAGUCAUGUUCAAUUAAGUCGGCCGCCUUGAAUCCGCGCGCUUCUAUUUUUGGGCCCGAAGGUCAUCAAUCGCUGCCGGGCUUAAGCCAGGUUUAACCGCGCCAAGUGACUGACUGUCUGAUUUGUUGCGCAAUUCGUCUUCGGGACUUAAAGUGUUUCAAGAAGAGCCUUAGGCGCUAUUUUGAUGGCACCCGACGUCACCGUUGAUUGGACAUGAACUUCGGGGAGCGUCCCUUUUUGUUUUGAGGACCUGCUCUUUCGCCGAACCCGCCGAGACCCCAAAAAAUCAUGGUUAUUGACACGAUAUGCCAACACAAUUCGCAUCAAAUAAAAAUUGCGUCAAACACCGCCCGAGGCCGCGCCCUGCUGCAACCGGAGCGAGCGGGGUCGGCGAAAGCGCGCGUAACAAAUUCAAUUUCCCCGCCGCAGUUCAACCGGCGGGCGGUGUUUUUGCAUGUAAUCCGGUUGGGGCUGAGUCAAGUGCCUGCGGUCGGUUUCUGAUCCCACGCCGCCGCCCCGUGGGACUUGAGCCGGUGAUGAGGCGGCGCGCGGCCCGAAAGGCGUUAACACGCUGACAUCGCUUCGCGCCCCAUUCGUGGCCGAUUCAUCAAAUCCGAAACGCCAAAUCCCGGUCCCGCCGUCGACUUGAUUCGUCUGGGGAAUCGGGGCGCGCCCCACCACUGCGUGCCCCCACGGCCUACGGUCUUGUUGUUGAAAAUCGGGCUGUAAUGGAUAACAUUUAUCGGGCCGAAAAUGGAAUUCAACAUAUUACAUUAUGACAGGAACCGCAUUAAGUUUCCAUAACACAGUUUGAGGCACAAAACAAACACAGAACAGAAGGAAAAAGUUUUUCUAAUUGCAAAAUGAACGUUUCCAAACCCAAUACCAUGAAUUACUGCUUUUAUUACGAAAUGAAUUUGCAGAUUAUCGGCUUGGAAGGGAUCCCUGUGUACACCUACUUCUUCAUAAAAGACCAGCAUUGGCCCUUCGGAACCUUUCUGUGUGAUUUAUGGCUGUCCAUAGAUUACUCCUGUUGUCUCGCCUCGAUUUACACCGUCCUGGGCAUAACCAUCGACAGGUAAUUCGUCGAGAUUGAUGGCCUAUUCUUGCAGGUAUUGUUCCGUCAAAUAUCCAGCCGCUUAUCGGAAUUGGCGGACUCAGCCGAGAGUGUUGUCCAUUAUCGCUGCCACUUGGAUUGUAAGUUUUCGAAAUUAAAAAUUAUUGCAUAUAAGUUACUAAGCGUGUGGAAAUGAUUUUAGAAUUUUGAAUGGGACUAAAUCGAAUUUUUAUCUUAUACUUGACAUUAGAAUUUAUGAGUUUAAGUUUGUUCGCAUAAAAUUUUAUUUUGGCAUUGAAAUUAUCUCUAUUUUUUCUUGAUAGCUGCUGUUACCGCUAGAUUUCAGCAGCUAGCUUUUCUGCCUUUUUAAUCCUGCACAACAAGGAUAAUUAGCUAAUUUAUCUUAUACCUGACAUUAGAGUCGACGACUUUGAAUUUUUCCUAUAAAACUUACUGUUAAUUUGGCCCUUAAAAUUACAGCGACCUGAUCCAGUCGUCAAAAAAAUACGCAGAUUUGAUUCCGGGAGGAAAAGAAAAAUCCGCAAAAAGGUUCCUCUCAAGUCAUGAAGAGAUUUUUUAGCCCGUUCUUUGAAACAAAAGUGCGAUUGGACCCUUUCUGACCAGAAAUACCACAUUUUUCUUUUUUCGAUCAGAACAAGGAAUCUUUUUGCGGUAUUUUUGAUCCCUCCUGUAACCAACACUUCAAAUUUUUGGUCAUUGGAUCAGAUCCACCAUAAAAAAAUAAAACCGUAUGGUUUGCAGAUCCCCAGCGUCCUGUUCUCGGUGUCCAUUUUCGGGUACGGCGCCUUCUCCGGCAAGGGGCGCAUCCUCAAGGACGACGAAUGUUACGUCCAGUUCAUGACCGACCCAUACCUCAACAUGAGCAUGUAUAUUGCCUAUUACUGGUCCACUCUUUUCGUUAUGUUAUAUUUAUACUACGGCAUCUACAAGGCGGCCAAGGCGUUGGCAGUGAAGAGCGACCAGGUCAGUUUUCGUUUAUUUUAAGGCGCCGUCCCGCUGCUUAAUUGUCAUCAAAGACAAAGCGAGCAAUUGUUUUGUUUUGCUUUGUGCCUACAAGUUAUGAAUUACUGUUUUAGAAACAAAAACGACUGGCGAUCUUGUCGGAGAUGCGGAAAUCGAAGAAGGAGCUUCCGUCGACGAUGAACGCGCUGUCUGAGGGCGUGUCGAACAGCGCGGCCGAAUCUCAGCCCGACACAAAUUCGGAUUCGAACUCAAGGUAUUAUUAUUUACAAUUUUUGUAAAGAAGGUUAUUUUGAGAAGCAAAUGCUGCAAAAAGAUCUUAUUAGUCAACAAUGUUAUUAUUUUCGCUAGUCAACAUUUUAUACGAAAAAUUUAAAUUUUCAAAAAAAAAGAAAGUUUUCGUAAGUUUUUUCCCCAUCUAGCAUCCUAAAUAGCUACAUGACUUCCUAAAUCUUAUUGUUUUUGGCUCGCAAAUCCCAUAUGUCUUCCAAAUUCUUCGCCCGAACACUUAUGCCCUCCGGGCGGAAUCACCUUUGACCAGGCCUUGGGAUUUUUGUUUUUUGCCUCUUUCGGCGCUUCCUGCAUGCAAGAAAAACGCUGCGGUAUUUGUAUGAUUCGUCAUCUGUUUUGCAUCUAACUGGGGCAUCCUGCGGCGGCCGGCGAAAUUCAAUUUCUCCAUCCACCGGCCCUUAAUCCACUGUCGCUUUCGUCGCGCGCAAAAGGCUCGGCUCGGAUGCCUUCAGGGGGUUUAACCCAACACAGAACGAAAAGUGCGUCUCCAUGAAUCCGCCGCAUUAAGUGUGACAGUAGGAAAGCAACACAGACAUAUUUAAUCUGGCCAUCCAUCCCGAAGCGAGGGCUUAUCGCGGCGGCCAAUCAAAUGGGACGAAUUAGUCCCGAUGAAAGAUCAUUUGCGAUUCAGUGGAGUGUAGGUGCUGCGAGGACGUCAACAGAAUGCCAACGUCAUCGCAAAUCAAACUAGCGCGCAACAAUGACGCUUAAAAUUCAUGACGUUUAAAGGGCAAAUCAUUGCGCGCGAAUUCAUAGGUUUAACUAGAAAACAUAUGCUAUCUUCUCAGAAAAGUGCUUUCUUCGCUUCAAAAAGCCGACGAUUGCUUUAAAUUUACUAAAACAUUUUGAGAAACCACCUUGAUCUUUACAGAAACAACCUCAGCAAAGUGGCCCAAGGCAAUGGGAAAGUCGCGAAAGCAACAAAUUGCAACAACAAUGAGAUUCCGAAUUCAAAUUGUGUCAAGAAGUCGCCAGACAAGCCGGAGCCCGAGACCACGCUUGAGAAAUCGGAGAAGUCCUGGGAAAGGAUCAUUGAUUACAGUACCAUCCAAGAACCGAGUGUUGCAAUAUCAGUGAUGCCGAUCGAGAACGAUGAUAUUAGUCUGGCAUUCAGUAUUGUCGAUGAGAUUCCCUUCAUCGAUGAUGGAAACAUUGCCACGAAAAGCUUCAUAAAACGAGCCAAAACACCCAUUCCGUUGAAAGAAUACAGAAAGGUGAGUUGUCAUCAAAAAUACUUUGAUAAUGGGUCUCUGUUUGGCGAAACUUUUUCCCUUUGGCUAUCAGAUUUUGACGAUUUUCAGUGUAUUGCUUCAUCUAUCAGAAUCUUUCCAUAUGCUUAUCAAAUCAGAUGACCAGUCCCAUUUUCAGACCCCUUCCCGCUCUCCCUCUCCGCCCACCAUAACCCAAGCCCAAACCCCGCCAUCGCCUCAGAAAGAAGAGCCCAUCUUGCCCGAGCCCGUCGCACCACAACCCCUCAGCGAUCGGAACAACAACAGCACCUAUGUACAUAACCACACAGCCAAUUCGUACCGCCCUCAGCUCAAGAAGUAUGCGGCGGACAGGCCCUCAACCUUCACCUCGAUGGACACCCCUCCCCUCUCCACAACGAAUACCUUUGCUUCGCUAUCCGUUGUCGUCGAGAAAGCUGCCAAUGGGCCGAUGACAAUGCGUCGACUGUUGACCGUAAUGCGGCAUAGUAGUGCGGGGAAGCCGAGGAAAAAGCGACAGGCCACACAUAAGAAGACGGUCCAGUCCAAGUCCGAGAACCGCGCCAAGAAAGCCCUGCGGACAAUUACGUUCAUCCUGGGCUCCUUCACCAUCCUCUGGACUCCGUUCUACGUUCUGGCGACGGUGUACGGCUUCUGCGAGCGCUGCAAGGUCAGCAAUGAGUUUAACUUGUCUUACGCAAUCAGCUACUACUUGUGCUACAUGAACAGUCCGCUGAACCCGAUCUGCUACGCGUUCGCGAACCAACAAUUCAAACGGGCCUUUAAGCGCAUCCUUCGCGGCGAUUUCCGACGUACCUAA